GCCCCCUGCUGGUCAUACCACACACUGCAGCUCCGGUCGGUGAGGAGUUUACAUGGAGACUCUGAGUAUGAAAGAUGAUGCUGCAGCCAUGAGAGCGGAGGAGGAAGAAGAGGAGGAGCAGAGCUGAGGUUAUUUUCACCGAGUGAGGAGAGGGAUAUUUCCAGCUGAGGAUCAGUGGGAGGACCCAGCCUGUCCCUCUGCUGGAGGAGCAGAGGAGGUGUGAGUCUCUGCAGCAGCAGCAGGAGGAGCAGACGGAGGAGGUAGAGGAGGUGGAGGCAUUCCAGAGACGCAGCAGCCGCAGCAGCAGAGCCAUGCAGCAACCGCAGCUCCAGCAGUAGGAACCAACUGUCUGUCUGCCAUUGAUCCGUAUCGGCUCUGCAGCGAUUGAUUAUCUGGGCUCACCAGAAACAAAUCAGCUGGUUCCGAUCCGUUCUGUGUGUGUGUGUGUGUGUGCUGAUCAGUGGGAACCAGCUGGUACUGAUCAUCACAGACAGAAUGGAUCUCAACUUGUGGUGGUUCUGAUUCAUCCCUGAUCUUCAGCAGUACCAGAUAGUUCUGAUCAGUUCUGAUUGGUUCGAUUUCCUCACAGAGAAUGAGUCUGCUGAUACAAUGAAUGCAUGUUGGGAGAUGUAGUUCCCAUCUGUCAGAGUAGAAGGUCCAGGGUCCAUCAUUGGUUCUGGUUGGUUCUGAGGUCCAUCAUUGGUUCUGGUUUGUUCUAAGGUCCGUCAUUAGUUCUGGGUCCAUCAUUGGUUCUGAGGUCCAUGAUUGGUUCUGGUUGGUUCUGAGGUCCAUCAUUGGUUCUGGUUUGUUCUAAGGUCCGUCAUUAGUUCUGGUGUCCAUGAUUGGUUCCGGUUGGUUCUGAGGUCCAUCACUGGUUCCAGUCCUGGGUUUAGUGUGGGUUAUCUGGGUUCCUGGUACUGGUUCUCAGGAGUGUCUCUGUUCUAGGUGAGGUGGCAAUGGGCGGGGCCUGACCCGCUCAGCCACCGUCUGAUUGGUAGCCUGUGAUGAUUGCGACAGGCGGACUGCUGAGGAUCAACGCGCGGCGACAAGACUCUCUGAGGUCCAAACCACACAGAUCCCACCCACACAAGAAGAAAAGCAAGAACAAAAGACGCAGCGAGGUGGUGGUGGUCAAGGGGAAGCUGAAGCUGUGCUCCAUCUCGGGUCUGGUGGCCGUUCUGGGGAUCCUGGUUCUGAUAGUCGGGGUUCUGAUGGCAGCUCUGGGCUACUGGCCUCGGGAUGGACUGUUCUUCAGCUCCCAGCCACAAGAGGGCACCACUAUGGCCUUGAUGUCCUUCAGUAGUCCAGCACCAGCACUUGUUGAAGGCCAGGAACCCAGGUGGGCGGAGUCAGACAGAGGAGACAGAACCAAUGACAGAGGAAAUGGCUUCAACCAAUCAGAGACCGUCAACGGGACCUCUCGAGAUGUUCCACAAGGAUUUCUGGAAGACUUCCUGGACAGGUAUCUGUACUCUGAUAGGCUGAAGGUCUUCGGCCCGCUCAUCAUGGGGAUCGGCAUCUUCCUCUUCAUCUGUGCCAAUGCAGUACUGCAUGAGAACCGGGACAAAAAGACGAAGGUCAUCAACCUGCGGGACAUCUACUCCACCGUCAUCGACCUCCACAGCGUCCGGAAGCCCCACCCUUCUUCCUCUGGCUCCGCCCACCAACCGUUAGCCAAUCCGCUCAAUGGACUCAUCAACUAUGUCCAGUCCAAGAGUCUGGAGUCAAAGUCCCAGAUGUGUCCCGCCACCCUGCUGUUGUCAAGGCAACCAGCCAGUAGCAGGAGGUGCAGUGAUGGAGGAGGAGGAGGAGAAGUCUUUAGUGUCUGCCAGGAGCAUCUGCCUGCACCUCCUCCUUCCUCCUCCAACAGACACUCCCUGCCCCUGACCUCUGACCCCUGCUGGACCCCCCACCACAAAGAGGCGCUGUGCUCCUUCACGUUGCCCCGGCCCCGCCAGCGUUCCCCCAGCGCCCGCAGGAGACACUCCUUCUGGGCCAGGAGCAGCGGCCAGGAGGAGGAGCAGAAGGAGGAGGAGAUGCAGCCGCCGCCUCUGUGUGCCUCCACUCCUCCGCCUCACCGAGGCUCCGAGGCUCUGCUCCUGCUCUCCUCUUCCUCCCUCUCCUCCCUGUCCCAACUCCUCUCCUCCUCCUCCUCCACUCCAGCCCCACCCUGCAGGAGGCAGAGCCUCCCAACCGCCGCCUUUAACACGGCCUACUGCAAGCUGGCGCAAGGAGAGGACGAGUCCUUCGAGUGGUCUUCAUCACACAAGGUGACCCCAGAAGUGGAGGCUCAGCCCUCACAACCAGAGACACCCUGAGGUCCCACCGGCCCCCUGGGGGGAGGAAGACGAGGAGGAAGAGGAGCCUGACUGAUGAAGCCGAUGAUGACAGCAGCAGCAAUAAGGGGUCUUCCACUGGAGAGAUGAGCCAACUUCCUGUUCAUCAGUUAUCUGGUGGGACCCAGUCUCAUCCAGCCAACAGAACUGGACCCACUUGACCCAAACUGAACCAUUCAGGAGACCACAGAUUGUCUUCGUGUCCCUGUUUACACUAACUAAACCAGAUUAACCAAAACAGAUCCAACUAAUCCAAGAUGACUCGAUUCAGUCCUUUCAGAAAAGCGUAGAUUAUCAGCCUGUCCCCGUUUCCCUUCCAGAAACCAACACAAACUGACCAUAACUAAGGCUAACUAGUCCAACUAAUCCCAAGUCUUCUAACUAAUUCAAGAUGUCCUGGAAGGACACCAGUCCCAGUCCAGCAGCAGGUCCUUCUUCUUCGUCUCUCCUGGGUCAGAGGUCGGAGGUUGUUCUUGCUCCAUGCCUGCAGUGCAUGCUCUUUAAGCACCUUCAGUAUUUUGCACUUUUUGAUCUUCUAUGCUUCAUUCUUCUGGGACUACUUUCCUUGGCGGAGGUGUCCAUCCCUGCUGUGUUGGACCUGGAGAAAUGGACAGGUUGUCCUUCUGUCCUCACCUGCUGGACAUGUUGGACAGCAUGUCGUUUUUACUGCAUGUUCUAGAAGCCGGUCACAUGACCUGCUGUGAUGAAGACAUCAAACAUCUUCAUCCUUUGCUGCUCUGCAGGCUCCGCCCACCUGCUUAGGAACCGCCCCCUCCACGUUAAAGAUGGCCGCCUCUGGAAGACUAAACUCGACCUGUUAGAAUCCCAAUCUGCUCUACCGGACCUUUAAACUCAAAAACAAUCUAACUGUGAUUAUGAAGCAGAGAAAAUGGGUCAGAGGUCAGAGUUCACAGGUCGCCUCAACAGGAAGAACUCUAAAACCAGUCCUACUGGCUGACUGGGUGAACUGGUGAUGGUCUGGAGCGACCCGUCCAGAACCUGAGCUGGUUCUAACAUGAUGACUGAACUGAUUCCUCUCACACUGAAUUGAUUUUUCUCAGUGGGAACUGAUUCAGACUGAACAGGCAGGAACCAGUUCAGUCUGAUGCAUCUCAGACUGAACUGCUUCCAGUGAGUCUUUAGCCUGUCCAGGGUCCUCUAACCCGUCGGUACCGGAUGUUUCAGCCCUGGUUCUGAUCUUGGUUCUGUUGCAGCUGAUUGGACCCAGAUGGACCGUCAGCAGAACUUCCUGCGGUCAGAGCUGCGGCAUCUUCCACUGAGCGAAGCUUCACUGAAGCACAAAGUGAAACCACAGCAAAUAAAGCACAAACUGUCCAGCUGA